GGAUUUCCCCUUGGCCUAAGGAUGAAUCAUUGGCAAAAAUGUAGCAUUGAAGAACUAGAAGCCUGUUUCUUAGCCAAUGGCAGUUGUCAACGUUCGAAAUUUUGAUCCAAAGACGUAUAACUACUUUCGAGACUUUGAAUUUGAAGAACAACUCAGCGAAUCGUUGAAAUGUCCAAUUUGUAUGAAGCUUCUGAUCGCGCCACUGCAACUCGAAUGUGGCCACAGAAUAUGUACACCUUGUUUUGAAAACCUUGCCAAUGGCCCACGCCCUGAUGUGAAGUUAUGCCCUAAAGACUUGGAGGAAAUAGCUUUCUUUUUUCAAGACAGAUCUGCAUUACGUCAAAUAAUAGAAUUGAAAGUUUUCUGCCCUUUUAAAAAGCAAGGCUGUAAUUGGGUAGGCAUGAUAAUCGAUUUCAUUGUCCACAAGGAAAGAGAUUGUAUGUUUGCUGGUGACUGGGAGACAUGUGAAUUCUCUAUUAUUGGUUGCAACAGGAAAGGAUCCAAAGAAGAAAUUUAUUUGCAUUAUAAAAAAGACUGUGCAAUUCACUUGAAGUAUUUUGCAAAGGUAUUAAAAAAACUGCAUUUGGUCAAUGUACAGGCUAGCUCAUUUGAAGAAGGCAUUUUAUUUACCAACAAAGAGUGCCAAAAGAAGAUUGAAGAAGACAGUGAUAGUAUUCUAGCAAUUGCAACAUCUUUGGAAGGGCUAGACCAUGCAUUGAAAAAAGUAUGGUUGCAAGUAAAUGCUGUUAUGACAGAGCAAAAAAAAAUUGAAGAUAAAUCUUGUUUGAUGCAAAAAGAUAUGAACCUUGACACAAUGUUAAUUGUUAUCAAAGAAUUAUGGAAAAAUUUUGAUGCACUAAAGUUGAAUAUAGGCCAUGUAGAGACUGGAUUAGAUGAGAAGUUAGUUAGCCAAUUAAAAAUUUAUCCAAAUUCUAUUUCACCUCACAACAGUGUGGGAAAAUUAAAAAACCUUGAAAAGGAAAGAAAAACACGAAGGGAAAAUCUAGCAGAUACAGAUUUGAGGAUUCGUCUAUAUCAGGCAACAACUUAUGAUGGCAAAUAUGUAUGGAAAAUUGACAAUUAUAUUCGUCGAAUGAAGGAAGCGAAAGAAAAGAAAAUAAUUGAGCUAUUUUCACCUCCAUUAUUUAGUGACAAUUUUGGGUACCGGGUUUCUUGUAAGAUUUACCUCAAUGGAAAACCUUCUGAAGACGGCUAUGGCACCCAUGUUGCUUUCUACAUGGUUUUAAUGAAAGGAGAAUUUGAUGCUUUGCUUCGAUUUCCAUUCCCAAGAAUUUUGCAUGCUACCUUGCUUGCCAAAGAUCAGAACUACAACAUAGAAAAGGUAAUUGAACCUACAAAUACUGAGCCCUUCCAAAUGCCAAAACAGGAAAUGAACACUCCUGUUGGAUAUAACAUGUUUGUCUCUCAUGUUGAAUUGGCAACCAGUCAAUACCUGUGGGAUGAUGCACUCUUCUUCAAAAUUGAUUUUUCACACAAAUCACCAUCCUUCUCAUAUUAUUCCUGAGUAUCAUUUGUUGAUUUGAAUUUGUUGUCAAAGAUGAUGUAGCAUUUUUUUCUA